AUGAAUCGUGCUGAAAACCUGCUGCGUCAGUUGAAGACCAGUCAGGGGUCAUUGUCAAAGUGCAAGGUGCACCAGGAUUUGGAAUCAACGGCGCAUUUGUCACGCACGGUUCGCCGAGCAUUGAAGGAGCACGGCUGGACGGGCACUGGCUUUUUGACCGGACAGCCACAAGAUCUGGUAAGUCUCCUGACGAAGUUGCAACAAGCUCAAUUUGGCUCGUUGGACACGGCCUUAGAACUCGAGGCUCGCGAACGGCCGGGUUUCUUAGUGCGUUGCUGCCAACCCUGGUGGCUUUGUCGUGAGAUGGCCGUCGCACGCUUGCGGAUCCACCCCUGGGCUACACCUUGGCCGGGUGGUGUGUGGAAAAGCGCGGCGGGAGGACCUCUGUUGUUCAAGGACAUGAGGUUGAAGGACCCGACUUUUCGACUUUUCGGCGCGGUUGAGGCGACGGGUCCUAGUUCAGGUCACUUAAACAAUAUAACUAGCUUUUUUGAAUCGGGUUCCUUUUGA